GCCCCCUCCGCCGCCGCUGCAGAAAGGCGCCGGGAGCCUCGAAGCACCACUCUUCGGGGCGGGGAUGGGCGGGCGGGGCGGACGCGCAGCGGCCGGGACCCCAGCCGCUGCGUGAGUGAGCCUCCCCUCCCCGCACUUGGUACGCGCCAGCGGCUAGGCCAGGCCCAGCCCGGGUGUACAAUAGGGUUGGGCCGAGGCUGGGACUGGGCCGGCGCCCUGCAAGGAGCAGGUUCGCGGCUGGAGCCGACAGAUACUGGGCGGCCGGCGACUCCGAGCCUCGCAGGCCACCAGCCGCCCCAACCUCGACCUCCCCGGGAGCGCCCUCCCCUCCAGUCGUUGCCCGCCGGGCUGGGCCGGGCGUGAUGCGCCGAGGGACCCUCAUCCUGGCCGCUGGCCGCCGCCACCGUAGCCGCUGAGACCCCGAAACCCCCAGUGACGCUGCAGCCGUGGAGAGCGGCCCGCGUGCGGAGCCGGGCCUCGGAGCACCCCCAGGUGUGGCAGCCAGGACCCCCCCAGAGCCAAGACCUUCUCCAGAAGGUGACCCCUUCCCACCGCCACCACCGAUGUCAGCCCUCAUCCCCGACACUCCCCCAGAUACCCCUCCUGCCAUGAAGAACCCCGCUAGCCCUAAGCAGCUCCCAUUGGAACCAGAGAGUCCUCCAGGGCAGGUCGGGUGUGGGCCAGUCCCCCCGCAGGAAGAGUCCCCUUCCUCUGAAGUGAAGAGCAGGGGACCCACUCCACCUGCUACAGGCCUGCGAGACACCAGGCCUCCUCGAAGGAGCAGCCAGCCAUCUCCAACAGCGGUGCCAGCCUCUGACAGCACCCCCACCAAGCAAGAUGCGAAGAAGGCAGGAGAGAGACACAAGCUGGCAAAGGAGCGUCGAGAAGAGCGGGCCAAGUACCUGGCGGCCAAGAAGGCGGUAUGGCUGGAGAAGGAGGAGAAAGCCAAGGCACUGCGGGAGAAGCAGCUCCAGGAUCGCCGAAGGCGGCUGGAAGAGCAGCGGCUUAAAGCUGAGCAGCGCCGAGCGGCCCUGGAGGAGCGGCAGCGGCAGAAGCUCGAGAAAAAUAAGGAGCGCUAUGAAGCAGCCAUCCAGAGGUCAGUGAAGAAGACGUGGGCAGAAAUCCGGCAGCAGCGCUGGUCUUGGGCAGGAGCCCUGCACCACAACUCACCAGGACGUAAGACCAGUGGGAGCAGGUGCUCCGUGUCGGCAGUAAACCUGCCCAAACACGUGGACUCUAUAAUCAACAAGCGGCUCUCAAAGUCCUCUGCCACGCUCUGGAACUCCCCCAGUAGAAAUCGGAGCCUGCAGCUGAGCGCAUGGGAGAGCAGCAUUGUGGACCGUCUGAUGACGCCCACCCUCUCCUUCCUGGCACGGAGUCGCAGCGCGGUCACACUGCCUCGCAAUGGCCGGGACCAGGGUAGGAGCAGUGGCCCUGGGAGACCCCCCGCGAGAGGCGUGGCAAGGGCCGGCCUUGCAUCCGGGCAGCACCCCGACCGCACUCAUCCCUCCGCAGCCGUGCCUGUGUGCCCGCGCUCAGCCUCUGCCAGCCCCCUAACGCCGUGCAGCACCCCCCGGAGCGUGCACCGCUGCACCCCGGCCGGGGAGCGCCGCAAGCCCAGCGCCGGGGGCAGCCCCGCCCCAGCUCGCCGCCGGCCCGAGGCCUCACCGGUGCAGAAAAAGGAGAAGAAGGACAAGGAGCGGGAAAACGAGAGGGAGAAGAACGCCCUGGCCCGAGAGCGCAGCCUCAAAAAGCGCCAGUCACUGCCUGCCUCGCCGCGCCCCCGCCUAUCGGCAGGCACCGCCUCUGAGCUCAGUCCCAAAUCCAAGGCCCGGCCGUCCUCUCCCUCCAUCUCCUGGCAUAGGCCUGCCUCUCCCUGCCCCAGCUUCAGCCCAGGGCCAGGCCAUGCUCUGCCCCCAAAGCCACCGUCGCCCCGAGGCACCACUGCAUCACCCAAGGGACGCAUUCGGAGGAAGGAUGAGUCAAAGGAGAGCCCCAGCGUAGCAGGGCCUGAUGACAAGAGCCAGAGCAAGGGCAGGGCCAGUAACGAGAAGGAGUCAACAGCCCCAGCCUCACCAGCACCCUCGCCUGUGCCCUCACCCAUCCCAGCCCAGCCCCAGAAGGAGCAGCCCACAGCGGAGGCUCCUGCAGGUACUGCUGUCCUGAUCUCACCCCCAGCCCCUGCUCCCCCGGUGACCCCUAGCAAACCCAUGGCUGGAACCACAGACCGGGAGGAGGCCACUCGGCUCCUGGCUGAGAAGCGGCGCCAGGCCCGAGAGCAGCGAGAACGCGAGGAGCAGGAGCGGAAGCUGCAGGCAGAACGGGACAAGCGGAUGAGAGAGGAGCAGAUGGCGCGGGAGGCCGAGGCCCAGGCCGAGCGGGAGGCGGAGGCCCGGAGGCGGGAGGAGCAGGAGGCCCGAGAGAAGGCUCAGGCCGAGCAAGAGGAGCAGGAACGGCUGCAGAAGCAGAAAGAGGAGGCCGAAGCUCGGUCCCGGGAAGAAGCAGAGCGGCAGCGAUUGGAGCGGGAAAAGCACUUCCAGCGCGAGGAGCAGGAGCGGCAAGAGCGCAAAAAGCGCCUGGAGGAGAUCAUGAAGAGGACUAGGAAGUCUGAAGCUGCUGACCACAAGCAGAAGCAGGAUGGAAAGGAGAUAAACGUCAACAAUUCCAGCCAAGACCCUGUGAAAGCCGUGGAGGCUCGACCCUUGACACUGCAGAAGGAGGCGUUACAGAAAGAGGAGCUGGCCUCCCAGGAGACACAGUGGAGCCUGCCAAACAAGGAGUCACCAGGGUCCUUGGUGAAUGGCCUGCAGCCUCUUCUAUCGCACCAGGAGAAUGGCUUCUCCCCCAAGGGGCCCCCGGGGGACAAAAGUCUGGGCCGAACACCAGAGGCACUGCUGCCCUUUGCAGAGGCAGAAGCCUUCCUCAAGAAAGCUGUGGUGCAGCCCCCGCAGGUCACAGAAGUUCUUUAGGGGUUGCAUUGGAUCUGGAACAGUUCUGAGAGCUCCUCUGCACCUUCCCCCAGGAAGUCUGGAGGAGAAAGAGACAGACAAAGUCGGAAGUGGCCUGGGCCCCUCGGGGUGAGGCCUCUGUUGUUUUUAACCUGCACCUUAUAGACUGAAGUCUCUUUGGCCAGAGCCAGACCCUGCCCCCCAGUGCACACGUGUGCUCACAUGCACGGACACCCCCCCCCAUACACACACAUACACUCAUAGCCUCUCUGGCCUCCUCCCUUGGGGAAGGGCCGCCUGUAGUAUUUUGCCUUGGUUUGGUGGGGUACAGUGGAUGUGAAUACUGUAAAUAGCUUGUGCUCAGACUCCUCUGCAUGGAAGGGUGGGUGCAGGAGGCAGACCCUCCCCCAAGUCUCCCCGAGGAGAUCUUUCUCUCUCUAUUUAACUGUAACUGAGAGGGAACCUAGGUCUGGAGAUGGGGGUCACCUUGGGCCACAGGAUACUGGUUGCUUUAGGGGCACCCAUGCCCCCUGCCCUCGCCUGGAAUCAGUGUUAUUGCAUCUGCUCAAACUUCUCCAGAAAUAAAGUGAGAAUAAUUCUGCCA